CCAGGCUGUAGAAUGGUUUUCUGUGGGAGGCAAUCACUUUUGUACUUCUGAUGACAAAGUGUUUUCACUUUUGUCAAGCUUUUGGUCAACAAUUGGGCUGUAGAGAGAAAAGACCUACCUUUGAAAGAGAUGAAAACUGGUGGAACUGGUUUUGUCGGUUCUCAAAUGCUACCCAGGAUGUAUUCAAUGUCACCCUUCACACCACAUUGGCCCUCACCACAAAGCUGGUGCUUCCUACACCUGCCAAACCUAUCCUUCCAGUGCAAACUGGGGUCCAGGCUCAACAAGAGGAACAGUCAAGCGGCAUGACUAUAUUCUUUAGUCUUCUUGUAUUAGCUAUCUGCAUCAUAUUGGUGCAUCUAUUGAUAAGGUACAGACUGCACUUCUUGCCAGAGAGUGUUGCUGUUGUUUCUUUAGGUAUCCUCAUGGGAGCAGUUAUAAAAAUCAUAGAAGCUCAAAAGCUAGCAAAUUGGAAGGAAGAAGAGAUGUUUCGUCCCAAUAUGUUUUUUCUUCUUUUACUUCCACCGAUCAUAUUUGAAUCUGGUUAUUCAUUGCAUAAGGGGAAUUUUUUUCAGAACAUAGGCUCCAUCACCCUGUUUUCCGUAAUUGGGACAGCGAUUUCAGCUUUCAUUGUCGGUGGAGGAAUUUACUUUCUGGGUCAGGCUGACGUAAUUUAUAAAUUAAACAUGACUGAUAGCUUUGCCUUUGGUUCGCUGAUCUCCGCUGUUGAUCCAGUCGCUACUAUUGCUAUCUUUAAUGCCCUUAAUGUGGAUCCUGUGCUUAACAUGUUGGUCUUCGGGGAAAGCAUUCUCAAUGAUGCUGUCUCAAUUGUCUUAACAAACACAGCAGAAGGUUUGACAAGAGAACAUACAUCAGAUGUAAGUGGAUGGCAAACCUUUCUACAGGCGCUGGGUUAUUUUCUGAAGAUGUUCUUCGGGUCUGCAGCACUGGGGACUCUGACUGGCCUUAUUUCUGCAUUAGUGUUGAAGCAUAUUGAUUUACGGAAAACACCCUCCCUGGAGUUCGGAAUGAUGAUUAUCUUUGCUUAUCUUCCAUAUGGACUUGCUGAAGGUAUUUCUCUCUCAGGUAUCAUGGCUAUUUUGUUCUCUGGCAUCGUUAUGUCCCACUACACCCAUCAUAACCUCUCUCCAGUUACACAGAUUCUAAUGCAGCAGACUUUGAGAACCGUUGCAUUCAUGUGUGAAACGUGUGUUUUUGCCUUUCUCGGUCUGUCCAUUUUCAGCUUUCCUCACAAGUUUGAAAUGUCUUUCGUCAUCUGGUGCAUAAUACUUGUGCUCUUUGGAAGAGCUGUCAAUAUUUUCCCACUCUCCUAUCUGCUCAAUUUUUUCCGCGAUCACAAAAUCACACCCAAAAUGAUGUUCAUAAUGUGGUUUAGUGGUUUACGUGGGGCAAUCCCAUAUGCCUUGAGUCUCCAUUUGGGCUUAGAGCCAAUAGAGAAACGGCAGCUUAUUGGCACCACAACAAUUAUCAUAGUGCUGUUCACAAUUUUAUUGCUUGGUGGAGGAACCAUGCCCUUAAUUAGACUGAUCGAUAUUGAAGACUCAAAAGCAAGGCGAAAGAAUAAGAAGGAUGUUAACCUCAGCAAGACAGAAAAAAUGGGGAACACCAUUGAAUCUGAACACUUGUCUGAACUCACAGAGGAAGAGUAUGAAGCCCACUACAUAAAGCGCCAAGACCUCAAAGGUUUUAUGUGGUUUGAUGUCAAAUACUUGAAUCCUUUCUUUACAAGACGGCUCACACAAGAGGACUUACAUCAUGGACGCAUUCAAAUGAAAAGCCUCACCAACAAAUGGUAUGAGGAGGUGCGACAAGGACCCUCUGGAUCAGAAGACGAUGAACAAGAAUUGCUAUAACUGAAUGGAGGGCACCAAAAUUAGAUUAAGGACAAUUUAUUAAGAUGAGCUGAAUUGUGUGCUGGAUACAUCUUGGUAAUAUUGUCACGGGGAAACUAAUUUCUAAACAAAAUCUGCAGUUUACUUUGAAGUGAAAGACUAUUUUUAAUGCCACAUUUCAGAAUUUAUGGAGGUUAUGCUGAAUCCUUGAACAGUAAACAUGAAAAUGCAUUUGCAUACAAACUGAAUUUGGGAUAAUUAGGGAGAGAUAAUUAUCUCUGCUUGGAUUAUUAGUUCAGUGGUGCAAUGAUUGAUUGUACACAUUAUGAUUUGUGCUGUAAGUUUAUUUAAGAAGGGUUCUAUAGGACCAUUUCAGAAAACAGUGCACUUUAUUUUACCUCUUUUUUAAAAAAAAUACACUGGCCUUUUGGAAGUGAUAAGUAAUACUGUGAAUUUGCAUUACUUAUGAGCAAGUAGAUUAUUACUUAAGGUCCAUCCAUAAUUUGCACUCUUCACAUAUUGUGAACUCAGGAUGCAGAGAAAAAAUGUUGGGAGGCUGUUGCUGUGCUGGAACAAAAAACAUCUAAUCUAAAGCUUCAUGGUAUCUGAGAUUUCAAAGUAACAUACUAACAUGUUCUUUGUUUUCUAAGGUUGCAAUGGCCCGACCCAGAGUCUCAAUCCAUAACUUUCAUCACACUCCCCCUCUGCCAGUUGCAAUGCAGAGCUUUGUUUGGUAUUCACCAUACUUAAUUGCUGCCCCAGUAACUUGAAAAUACUUGCAUAGGAUACAGAAGCAUCAAAUAGCUCCGAUUCCUGAUUGGUAUUGGUUGCUUAAAGCAGCAGUAAGCAGCUGAUGUUUGGACAUUGCUUGCUCAGAAAGUGAGACAGAUAAACAAGAUGGUCCUUGGAUCCGUUUGUGGUAGGAGCAAAAGAGGUAAAUUCUGCCAGUUGUUUUUUCAUUCACAGAUUUGCCCCUGCUGCUUCAGUGUCACUCAGUCUAUUCAAAAAACACCUUGAAGAUUUACUGAAGAAGCUUGCAAAAAUGUAUUUGUAGUUUUAGAUGCAGCCAAACAGAGGGGAAGGAUGAUUUGCUUCAUUGUUCCUUAGGUGUAAAAUUCCAGCAAGCAGAAGAAUCACACGUCAAGGAGAAGGCAUCCUAACUUAGCUUUCACAUGAAUGGGCUAGUUUUACAUGUGAAAGAAGGCACUGUAUUUAUUAAACAUGUCAAUAUGACAUAGCAUCCCUAAAAAGUUGCUAGACAAAAAGAAAUGGGGCUUGGGAUGAGGUGUAUGGUUCAGUCUGCCGCACUGCUGCUCAACCUCGAUGUAGCACAGACAUUACAAGAAUGUUACACUGACAUUGCAGGGGAUAAACUGAACACAGAUGUUUUUUCUUUGAACACCAGCUUAUCAUUCAGUUUGUUUUGCAGUGUUGAGACCCAGAACACUGCAUACUUAAUUAAAGGGGAUUUGGUUAGAGUCCUUCCUUGUUCAUUACUUGUUUAAGCCUGUUCCACUUGCCAGGGAAAUGGUGAUGCUACGCCUUCUGUUUAGAAGCAAACAAUUAAGGUGAUAAUAUGUUUUAAGUUUUACUAGUCUUUGUGACAAUCCAUGAAGUGUGAAAGUAAAGGAAGACAAGCCACUCAUUCUUAUAAAAUACAUAAGCCGUA